AUGAAACGAAGAGUCACUUUUAUCCAUGAAGGAGAGGGAGAGUUUGACCCGCAACAGGCCCAUCUCGAUUCCACCUCCCUGACAUUACGAUCCUUACGCGGAGCCCGGCAAGAGAGGUUAACGUUUGGCUUCGAGGAGCUCCCAAAUGAGUUCCAGCAAGUUCUAAGCCAAUGCGUUGAAUUGCAUAUCCGGUGGGUAUCGGAGUACCCAUACUCAGCCAUCACACCUUUCACAAGUAGGCUACCUCCGGGCCUACAUAUUAUUCUCUCAGCCUUGACUUCUAAUCGAUCUAAACACCUGUGCCUGUGCCCCUUGUUACAGAAGACCUUCGACACUAGCCUGAAUUGCACCAUCCCGGAGACUUCUUUUAUAGCUCCAAGCAGUGUAACAAAGUCGGGCGCAUUGCCCUCCCUCCAGUUUUAUCAGCUCCUCCCCUCGCUCGAUCAGCUGGCUACGUAUAUCCAGGAAGCAAUAUGCUCGAAUCAAAGCACUGAAUGUCGAGAUAGCGCUGCUAUAAUUCGUUUCGCAGAUACCCUUGAUAUAGAUUACGAUCGUGUGUUAAAUUCGUUUGUUGUCACGGUAUAUUGGUCCAAAUCAGUCGCGAACGGAGGGUGGAAAGAUACAAUUCACAGCAAUAAUUCGAGCAAAGACAAAAUAGACGUGGGUAUCCUAGCGCCGCAACAACCUUUAGAUCCAGACGAGAUUCGAAUUGGUGGACUUUUGGCUGUGGUUGGGCGGGAUAAAGAAUUCAAGCCAACUCUCUUUUCCUUUCCUUCCCGUCAUCAUUCUCUACCAAACUCUUCGACAUACAAGGCUCAAUUAGCUUCACCCACCGGCCUCCAUCCAACACUGCGUCUCUCCAUUUCUCGAUCUGCGCUCUCACCACCUCCAUCUCCGCCUAAAACUACGUGUAGAUUAUACACGUACAUCACUCUCCCGUCGUAUAUCUUCCCAGACGAAUACCAACUGUCCACCACUGAUCCUCUUUUCCUCCAAUCACACAACAUCCGCGGUCUCCAUCAUGUUGCUGGAGAAACUGAUCUGGAAGCGCCGGACUGGACAACUCGUCGCUGGGGUUCACAUCUUCUCGUGGAGCUAGCCACAUCAAAUUCAGAUGAUGCUAGUGACUGGACAAGCACCAUUCCAUUGCAUCUUCGCUAUCUCCAUCCUUCCGAAUCUGGCUACCACAACGUCUCUCUUCCCUGGCCCGUUGUCUUUUGGGCAUGCGAGUCCGAGGAUCAGGGUAAAAUGGAUGUUAACCCAUUCGAUCGGGUGAACUUGAGCUGGGAUGAUUUCUUUGGCCCGAAAACAUUUUUCUAUCAAUUUCAUCCCUCUCCUCGACCGGUAACGGGUGAUGCAACGCGUGAAGAGUUGAAACUAGUCGAAACUAUUCAAGUCCCCGUGUUACAAGUGGACGAGGAUAACCAGUCGAUCACUAAUCAAGCUAAGCAGAUCGAACUCGGCACUGUUGUCGUUGUUGUGGCAGGAUUUCUAUGGAUAUUGUGGAGGCUGGGUGCCGUUUUCAAAAUCUCAGGGAUUAGAGCCAACCGUGGCCAGAGAACUCGAGAAACUGAGAAGAAGACUCAAUAA